AUGGUAACCAUCGCCUCCGACAGAGAUGCGGCAGUCGAACCGACGCCGUCCCAACCUCCAUCCACCCCUCGAGAACCAGUCCCAGUCGCGCCGCCGCCGCCGCAACCCCAUCCUCCGAUACUUUCACAGCGUUCCUUGAAGCAAUUGGGACUGUUCUUCGCCGGAACAGGCUUUCUCGCUUUGUCGAUAUUGAUCACGAGGCGGUCAGUGGUCAGAAAAAUACGCGCCACGGCACCCAGAUUCUACACACAGAGCAACAGGCCCGUCGGCAAGGGCGACUCCGACAGUUCCCUGAUAGCCUUCGAGGCUUUGAGCUUAGCAACACUCAACAUGAUGAGCGCCUCUGUCAUGGUCACGGGCGGCCUGUCAUGGGCAUUCAACAUCUCGAACAUUGAGGACCUACGGGCAAAGGCUCGCGGACAUGUCGGCGCCGGGGAUGGCAAGACUGACGAGGAGGCAGAGAAGCAGAUGGAAGAGUGGGUGGACAAGAUUCUGGGUCGGAGGGACCAACAAGAGCAGGAGGCCAACCCGCCGUCCAAGAAAACUGAUUAG